CUCUGGAAGACAGGCAUUCCUGCCCUUAUAUGGCAAAGGCUGGUGGCGACAGAGGGAAGGAAGGAACAAAGGUUGCCCUGGCACUUCCUCUGUUCAGGCACAGUCUUUCUCCAAGGUGCUGCGUGCCCACUAAGCAGACAGCCCAGCCAAGCUACAAAGGAUUAGUCACCAUGCCGGAACUUAAUACCAAAGUCACCAAGACUCUGAACAAAACCACACCUGGACUUCAAAUAUGGAGAAUUGAGAACAUGGAGAUGGUGCCCAUACCACCCAAGACCUACGGGAGCUUCUAUGAAGGGGAUGCCUAUAUUGUGCUUUCGACAAAGAAGAUUCAGAAUACGUUCACCUAUGACAUCCAUUUCUGGCUGGGCAGUUCAUCAUCUCAGGAUGAACAAGGUGCAGCUGCCAUCUACACAACACAAAUGGAUGAGCACCUGGGUGGAGCUGCUGUACAGCACCGGGAGACUCAAAAUUAUGAGAGUGACACAUUUCGGAGUCACUUCAAGCAAGGCCUUGUCUAUAAGAAGGGUGGUGUGGCCUCAGGUAUGCAACACGUGGAAACCAACACUUACAACGUGCAACGGCUACUGCAUGUCAAGGGGAAGAAAAAUGUAGUGGCUGGAGAGGUGGAGAUGAACUGGAACAGCUUCAAUUUGGGAGAUGUCUUCCUGUUGGACUUGGGGAAGCUCAUCAUCCAGUGGAAUGGUCCUGAAAGCAACCGUUUGGAACGGCUGAAGGGCAUGAAUCUAGCCAAGGACAUUCGUGACCGAGAGCGUGGUGGCCGAGCACAGGUGGCUAUAGUGGAUGGUGAAAAUGAAGAUGCAUCUCCUGCACUCAUGAAAAUCAUGUUCUAUAUGCUUGGAGAGAAGAGAAACAUCCAACCGGCCAUUCCAGAUGCUGUAGUGGACCAAAAACUGAAAUCCUCUCUAAAGCUAUACCAUGUCUCCGAUGUAGAAGGGAAUCUACUUGUGCAGGAAGUUGCCAUCCAGCCCCUUACCCAAGACCUUCUGAAGCAUGAGGAUUGCUACAUCUUGGACCAAGGUGGUACGAAGAUCUUUGUGUGGAAGGGCAAACACUCCAGCAAGGAAGAGAAGCAGCAGGCCCUGUCAAGGGCUUUGGGUUUCAUCAAAGCAAAAAACUACCCACCUACCACUAGUGUGGAGACCGAAAAUGAUGGCUCUGAAUCAGCCGUUUUCAGGCAGCUGUUUCAGAAAUGGACCAUUCACAAUCAAACCACUGGCUUUGGGAAGACUCAUACAGUUGGAAAAAUAGCCAAGGUGGAGCAAGUGAAGUUUGAUGCCACAAGUUUGCAUGCCAGGCCAGAGUUGGCUGCCCAACACAAAAUGGUUGAUGAUGGUUCUGGAGAGACGCAGGUUUGGAGAAUUGAGAACUUAGAACUGGUGCCAGUGGAGGGUCGCAGCUUUGGGCAUUUCUACAGUGGUGACUGCUACCUUAUCCUCUACCAAUAUUUAGUUUAUAAUAAGAUACACUACAUCAUUUACAUAUGGCAGGGCCGUCAUGCCACCAAGGAUGAGAUUACUGCCUCUGCCUACCAAGCUGUCAUUCUGGACCAAACAUAUAAUGGUGAACCUGUGCAGGUGCGAGUGACCAUGGGCAAGGAACCUGCUCAUCUUAUGGCCAUUUUCAAAGGACGCAUGGUGGUGUAUGCGGGUGGUACUUCCCGAGCUGGUAAUACAGAACCAGAACCUCCCACCCGUCUUUUCCAAGUUCAUGGGACUAAUGAAUACAACACCAAGGCUUUGGAGGUGUCUCCCAGAGCUUCCUCCCUCAAUUCCAAUGAUGUCUUCAUUCUUAAAACCCAGAGUUGCUGUUACCUCUGGUACGGUAAGGGCUGCAGUGGGGACGAGCGAGAGAUGGCCAAGAGUGUUUCCGACCUGAUCUCCAGGACAGAGAAAGUUGUGGUAGCAGAAGGCCAGGAGCCUGCAGCAUUCUGGGUUGCACUAGGUGGGAAGUCUCAGUAUGCCAGCAACAAAAGAUUGCAAGAAGAAACUGUUUCGAUCACGCCUCGGCUCUUUGAGUGUUCCAAUAAGACAGGCAAGUUCCUUGCCACGGAGCUCACCAAUUUUACUCAGGAUGAUCUAGAACAAGAUGAUGUGUUCUUGCUGGAUGCCUGGGACCAGGUUUACUUCUGGAUUGGUAAAGAUGCAAACGAGGCUGAGAAAGAAGCAGCGGCUGUCACCGCCCAAGAAUACCUGCGGACUCACCCAGGCUGUCGGGACCCAGAAACUCCAAUUGUGAUUGUGAAACAGGGCAACGAACCUCCAACAUUCACUGGCUGGUUUGUAGCAUGGGAUCCUCUCAAAUGGACCGACAAGAAAACCUAUGAAGAACUGAAAGCUGAACUUGCCGAUGAGGACAGCCUUGACCAACUCACUUCUGAAAUCUUGGAAGGAAAAGAAAUAUUUACUGCCAAGACAACUUUUGGCAAGUUGUCAUUCUCUACAUACCCCUUGGAGAAAUUGGUGAAUGUCGCUCCAGAAGACCUUCCCAAGGACAUAGAUCCCAGCCGGAAGGAGCAAUACUUGUCAGAGGAUGAUUUUUUUCAGAUCUUUGGAAUGUCCCAACGGGAUUUUGCAGGACUGGCUUCAUGGAAACAAAUGUCUCUCAAGAAGGAAAAAGGACUUUUCUAAAUGGAAAUAUGCCUGCCAUUAUUUUCAGCCAUUGCAGACCUUAAUGUCAUUUUUGGUAAAAGCUUGAUAACGGAAGCAUUCAGAAUUUUCUACUAGCAGUUUUUCAAAGACAAAAGGGCUUCCUUUUUUUAAAAAAAAGUAUAGAUAAUCUUAGUGCAGACUCAGAACAGCUGCUUUAACAUACUUUCUUCCAGUUAUGAAGCUGCCCAAAACUAUGUUGGAAUCAUUUACUUUCUCAAUAGCCAAAUUCCAAUCUGACUUAGUGAUAAAGCUGGCAAAUGGGGCUGCCCUAAAACUUUAUUGUGGAACAGGUACAGGAAAGCAAUUGGUGGAUUUCCUGCUAGUGGAAGACAGAAAAAAAAAAGCCACCACCAUUUUUCCUAAAAGGAGGUUGAGCUGGGGUGGAUUUUGAAUGAGGCCCAUACAUUUUGCUAUCAAAACCUCACUUGUUGAAUGACAAUUUUCCAACUGCCUCUUUUUAUAGGGAACCCCUAUUUGCACCACAAGUCAGGUGUGCCAAUUCUCCACCCAUUGAUGAUUGCUCUUGUUUAUCUCCCUUUUGCACAUGCUGUAGCACUUUCUUUUGCAAUCUCUCAACUGCCUCUUUCUCACACUCCAGUUACUCUCAAUUAUUUUGUCCAAUCUGGGGAGACUCCCUGAGCGAAUCAGUGCUACUUUUCUGAUUCAACUGCCCUUGAAAGAUUUUCCUAUUUGGAAUUUUAAAAACACUUUGGACCAAAAUCGAUGCAAGGACAUUGCAAUCUUGUAACCUGGCCAGAAACGACUUAAAAAGCAGGUAAUUUAUGCUGCUUAAAAACACAGCUUUGCCAAUAGAAGUAAAUAUAACAGUCCAGGAGUAUUGACCCUCCAAGUCUGCCUUAAUCUGUUCUUAUCUAUGAUCAUAGCUGUCUACAUGAUUAUAGUUAGUUUUCAACUGCCAAUGAAGAAGAUGCCUCCAAAAUAGUCUUUGAGGUGACCCAUAAAACAGAAGGCAUUCCAGAUGGAACCACUGUUCUCUUAUGAAAUGUAUCCCAGUGCAAAUAAAUCUUCUUCAUAAAAACUGAGAAGCUAUCCUUGUUUGUAAACGGCAAGUUACCACACCACUAACUCACAGAAUUGAACAGAAUUGGGCCAUUUUAUCAUCAGGCCAUUGCCAUUGUAAAUAUAGUUUAAAGUUAACACUAUACCUAGUCCAUUUGGCAGAAAUAAUCUGUCCUCAAAGAAAAAGCAAACGGGAUUGACAUUUUGCAGCUUACAAUAGUAAUUUUACCUUCAGAGAAUGACAGCUAUUG